UUCGUUAUUAAUUUUUUGUGUUCCUUCUUCUUUCAAACUCGAAGCCAUAAUCCAAACACAAAAUCCCAACACGAAUCAAAACCUAUUUCGUUCUUCUUUCUCCCUCCCAUUUCAUUUCUCUCUCGCCGGCAUAAAUUUACUCUCAAUUUCUCUCUUCUCCUUCACUUAGAUCUGUACAAUAUAAAACACGCUCAUACACACAAUUUCCCUCACAGAUUUUCUUUCUCCGAAGAAAACUAAACAAUCUCUCUCUCUCGCUCUGCACCGAACCCUAAUUCUUUUUACCAUUUUUGUACAUUGAAAUUCUUUUUAUACUUCGUUGUUUUGUUUCGUUAGGUUUUAGUUUGUUAGGGUUUUUGCUACGGUGAGAUGAACAACAACAGAGCGAGAUAUCCACCUCCUGGGAUCGGCCCCGGACGUGGAGGUUCCAAUCCCAACCUCAACCUGAAUCUGAACCAAAAUACCAACCAGAAUCCGAACCAGAACCCGAACAUGAACAAUCAGUUUCAGCACAGGCCAUCUUAUCAACACCAUAACCAACAGCAACAGCACCAACAGCAGCAACAGCAACAACAGCAGCAGCAACAACAAUACUAUGUGCAGAGACAAAUGGUGCAACAGCAACAGCAACAACAGCAGCAGCAGCAGCAGCAACAACAGUGGCUGAGAAGGGCGCAGCUGGGUGGUUCAGAAUCUAACAACGUUGUUGAUGAGGUUGAAAAGACCGUGCAAUCUGAAGUCGCUGACCCUAGUUCUCAAGAAUGGAAGGCCAGACUAAAGAUUCCGCCACCUGAUACACGCUAUAGAACAGAGGAUGUGACAGCUACUAAAGGAAAUGAAUUUGAGGAUUACUUUUUGAAACGUGAGCUGCUCAUGGGAAUAUAUGAGAAGGGUUUUGAAAGACCUUCCCCCAUCCAAGAAGAAAGCAUCCCAAUUGCUCUUACUGGCAGUGACAUUCUUGCUAGGGCUAAAAAUGGAACUGGCAAAACAGCUGCUUUUUGUAUUCCUGCAUUGGAAAAAAUUGAUCAGGAUAAUAAUGUUAUUCAAGUUGUUAUCUUGGUCCCAACACGAGAGUUGGCUUUGCAAACAUCUCAAGUGUGUAAAGAGCUUGGAAAGCAUUUGAAAAUCCAAGUUAUGGUUACAACAGGUGGUACCAGCCUAAAAGAUGAUAUAAUGCGUUUAUAUCAACCAGUCCAUUUACUAGUUGGAACCCCAGGAAGGAUAUUGGACCUUGCUAAGAAGGGUGUUUGUGUUCUUAAAGAUUGCUCUAUGCUUGUCAUGGAUGAGGCUGAUAAGCUUCUCUCCCCAGAGUUCCAACCUUCCAUACAGCAGCUUAUUCAUUUUCUUCCUACAAACCGUCAAAUUCUGAUGUUUUCAGCAACAUAUCCUGUUACUGUGAAGGAUUUCAAAGAUAGGUAUCUUCAUAAACCAUAUGUCAUUAACCUUAUGGAUGAGCUAACUCUCAAGGGUAUUACACAAUUUUAUGCAUUUGUUGAAGAGAGACAGAAAGUCCACUGCUUAAAUACUCUCUUUUCUAAGCUGCAAAUAAACCAGUCAAUUAUCUUCUGCAAUUCAGUGAAUCGGGUUGAACUCCUUGCCAAGAAAAUCACAGAACUUGGGUAUUCAUGUUUCUAUAUUCACGCAAAGAUGUUGCAAGACCAUCGUAACAGAGUAUUCCAUGAUUUCCGCAAUGGUGCAUGCCGAAAUCUUGUCUGUACUGAUCUUUUUACUAGGGGAAUAGACAUCCAAGCAGUUAAUGUUGUUAUUAAUUUUGAUUUUCCCAAGAACUCGGAAACUUAUUUGCACAGGGUUGGUCGUUCAGGGAGGUUUGGCCACCUUGGUUUAGCGGUGAAUUUGAUCACUUAUGAGGACCGCUUUAAUUUAUAUAGGAUUGAACAAGAACUUGGCACUGAAAUAAAGCAAAUUCCGCCACACAUUGAUCAAGCAUUUUAUUGCCGGUGACAGUGGUAAUACAAGGGUUGUUUUCACAAUAUGGUUAAUGUAACGUCACUCAAGCAAGUGCUUAUGCCCUGGCAUGAGAGGAAGCAUUAUGGAAUUUGGAGUAUUGUUGGACCCUUUGUUAAGUGUUUCUUUUCUUUUUUUCUUUCUUUCAAUUUCCGGUUAAGAGCUCUGAAACAUGAGAGGACGCAUAUGGCCUUGGCAUGAGAGGAUGCACUAUGGAAAUUGGGGAAUUGUUGGAACCAUUUUAAGUGUUUUUUUCUUUUCUAAAUGAAAAAUUUCUGGAUUGAGAGCCCUGAAGACAUUAGAACCUCCAGAGAGUUCAAUAUUGGCUUUUAAUUGCCAUAUAGUUUGAUGGGUCCAGUUGUUGUUUCCGUUAAUUACAAUUACAGAUCUUACUGCAUGUUAUUAGAUCUGUAGUUUUUUUAAUAAAAUAAAUUGUUUAGGGAUAAUUUAUCUUGUUAUGAAUUUCUCUUCCUUUGCUA